GAACGAAGAACGUUAAUUCGUACGGUGACUACGGAAAGUGUUACAUCCUCCAGUGGGAAUUAUGUUGGUAAAAUUCCUAAUCGUUCUGCUUUGCCUUGGUCUAACCGUUUACGUGGGUUCUGACAAGGCUGCUCCGAGAAUCAAAAUUCCCUUGGGAGGACUGAGGGGUUAUUACAAAACAUCGCAGAAUGGUAGGCAGUAUGAGGCGUACGAAGGGAUUCCUUACGCGUUACCACCUGUUGGUGAACUGAGAUUUAAGCCUCCCCAUCGCAUAACACCAUGGGUUGGCGAACUACCAGCUAUAAAGUUCGGUUCCCCAUGUAUUCAACGCACCCAGAUACCACUCGAUCCCAAGGAAAGAGUCGAAGGUGCCGAAGAUUGCCUGUAUUUAAAUGUUUAUGUGCCGGUACGCGAAAAAACUGAAUCUAAAACCCUAUUACCGGUACUCUUCUGGAUCCAUGGUGGCGCCUUUCAAUUUGGAACCGGUAUAGUGAUGGGUGGAAAAUAUCUUAUGGAUCACGACGUGAUACUUGUCACAAUUAACUACCGCUUGGGACCAUUGGGUUUCCUCAGCACGGAGGAUGAAGUAGUUCCCGGUAACAUGGGUUUAAAGGAUCAAAGUAUGGCACUGCGUUGGGUAUCGGAGAACAUCGAGUGGUUCGGCGGUGACUCGAAACGAAUAACAUUGUGUGGCAUGAGUGCCGGUGGUGCAAGUGUGCAUUAUCAUUACUUAUCACGUAUGAGCACCGGACUUUUCCAAGGAGGAAUAUCGGUUAGUGGUAAUGCGUUCAACUGUUGGACACAAGCUGAGAAUUCCCUAGAGAAAGCCAAAAAAUUGGGUGCGUUGAUGGGAUGCUCAACAACGAACAUGAAAGAUAUGGUAGAUUGCUUGAGAUAUCGGCCGGCUCGCGCGAUCGUAGAAGCCGCCGGUGAAUUUAUGACGUUCUUUUACAAUCCUUUCACUCCUUUCGGACCGGUGGUCGAAAAAGUCGGCGAUAUUCGUUUCCUCGAGAGGAAACCCGUCGAAAUUGUGAGCAGUGGAGACGUACAAGACGUACCUUGGAUUACAAGUAUAGUGAGCGAAGAAGGACUUUAUCCUGUGGCCGAGUUCGUUUAUAACGAUUCUUAUCUGAAACAAUUGAACGAUAAUUGGGAUGCUAUCGGCCCAGAAUUCCUUGAUUUUAAUCACACCAUUCCCAGAGAGAAGCUUGUGGAAACUGUUCGUCGUAUCAAGAAACAUUAUUUUGGGACUAAACCAAUAGAUAGGGCAAAUACAGAACCACUGAUAAAAAUGGCCGGCGAUCGCUUUUUCGUAAUCAACAGUGAAAUGGCCGCGCGUAUGCAAGCUAAAGUAAAUCAGAAUCCGGUCUGGUAUUACUAUUUCUCGUACAGAAGUGUAGACAGCUGGGGCGACGCCAUUGCUGGCAAGAGGAUAGAUGAUUACGGAGUCGCUCAUGGCGACGAUGUGUUCCUCGUAUUAGACACUCCCUGGAUGGAUCCAACAGUAAAGAAAGAAGAUAUGGAUAUGCAACGAAUUUUGGUCGAUAUUUGGGUAUCAUUCGCUAAAAACGGAGUUCCGAAAGUCGCUGGUGUUGAAUGGCCAAGAUUAGACCCUACUAAGAAGGAGCUCCAUUAUCUGCACAUUGCUAGCCCUACUAAAAUUAACAUGGACAGUUGCGCUAAUCUGGGAGAGAAAAAGUUCUGGAAAUCGAUCAAUUUCAAUGAGAAUAAAUUGGAGCAUACAUCCAAUAAAGAAGAACUUCCGGGAACCAUGUCGAUAAAAUCGCUAACCGUUAUACUAAUUUGUUUGAUUUCGGCGAUUCACGCGAAUGCGAGUCCAAGAGUUAAAACAACCGUUGGAAAACUAAAAGGCUACUACAAAACAUCAUAUAAUGGCAGACAAUACGAAGCUUACGAAGGAAUACCUUACGCUUAUCCACCAGUUGGAAAACUAAGAUUUCAGCCUCCUCGCGCAUUGCCAAUAUGGAUUGGCGAACUAUCCGCUACGAGUUUAGGACCUGAGUGUCUUCAAUACAGCUCAGUUAGCAAAAACGGAUAUAUCAUAGGAUCCGAAGACUGUCUAUAUCUAAAUAUUUAUGUACCCGUGCGAGAAAAAACGACACCUAAAACACCUCUGCCAGUACUCUUCUGGAUACACGGUGGUGCUUUUCAAUUUGGCAGUGGCAGUGAUACAGGUCCAGAGUAUCUUAUGGAUCACGACCUCGUAUUUGUCACGAUUAACUAUCGCUUGGGACCAUUGGGUUUCCUUAGCACGGAGGAUGAAAUAGUUCCCGGCAACAUGGGUUUAAAGGAUCAAAGUAUGGCACUGCGUUGGGUAUCGGAGAACAUUGAGUGGUUCGGUGGUGAUCCGCAAAAAGUAACUCUAGUCGGUAUGAGUGCUGGUGGGGCAAGUGUGCAUUAUCAUUAUUUGUCGCCGAUGAGUGCGGGACUCUUUCAAGGAGGUAUAUCAAUCAGUGGCACGGCACUUGAUUGUUGGGCGCAAACUGAAAACUCUCUGAACAAGGCUAAACAAUUGAGCGAGAUGGCGGGGUGUCCUACGAGUAGCUCUAGAGAUAUGAUACGAUGUCUAAGAUAUCGUCCUGCUCGCGUAGUAUUAGAAGAUCUGCCUCAAUUUAUGCCGUUCCACAACAACCCUUUUACUCCCUUCGGGCCAGUAACCGAGAAAGCUGGCGACACACGUUUCAUCGACAGGACACCUGUUGAAAUUAUAAGCAGUGGAAGCGUACAAGAUGUACCUUGGAUUACAAGCGUAGUGAGCGAAGAGGGUCUUUUUCCUAUAGCACUGUUUUCCGACGAGGCUGAUGAUAUGAAAGAUCUAGACGACAACUGGGACAUUCUUAGCCCGUUUUUAUUUGAUUUUAAUUACACUGUCGCCAAGGAGAAGCAUGCCGAGGUCUCCAAUCUCAUCCGGGAACAUUAUAUCGGAACGGGAACAAUAGACAAAACAAACCUAAAACCAUUGAUAGCAAUAGCGAGUGAUCGCUUCUUUAAGUAUGACAGUGAGAAGGCCGCGAGAAUGCAAGCUGAAGUAAAUCAGAAGCCGGUCUGGUAUUACUAUUAUUCAUACAGAGGCACGCAUAGCUUGAUGGAUGUGUUAAGCAAACUUAAAGACAAUUACGGAGUUUGCCAUGGCGACGAUGCUUUUACUGUUGUGAAAACUCAAUACAUAGAUCCAAUGACUACACCAGACGAUCGCAAUAUGCAAAAACAUUUAAUCGACAUGUGGUUAUCUUUUGCCAGAAAUGGAACACCAAAUGUAGCUGAUGUGGAAUGGUUUGAAGUGGAUCCUUCAAAGAAAGAAUUUCAAUAUCUACAUCUUGCUCAUCCUACUAGAAUAUAUAUGGAUAGCAAUGCUAAUUUAGGAAACAAACAAUUUUGGGACUCGAUUAACUUAAAUGAAAAUAAAUUGCAAAAUGGACAUAACAAAAGUACAACUAAGAAAGUAAAAAAGGAACUUUAGAUAAAGUAAAAGUUGUAUUUAAAAGUAUUUUAUAUAUUCUUUUAUAUAUGAAUUCAUUUUUACAAAUAUAACAGUAGUUUAGUUCUAUACAUACAUAAAUACAGCAUUGUUUUCAAAACAAUUUUUUUUACCACAUUGCAAAAGUGACAAUGAACUAAUGGACAAUGGACUAAUUUUUAAUGCAAAUAUAAUCUAAUCUUUAGCACAAUAAUAUGAGAACUUACCGGAUGAUUAAUGUAGAUGUCACAGGUACUGAGCCUACCAAUUUUUGAGGUCCCAUUUUUAAUUUGAUAUUCAGUAGUAUCAACACAUAAUAUUCCAACCUGAAAGAACAUUAAGCAGAUAUAUGGAAUGUAUAAUUUAAAAGAAUAAAGACAAUUAUAAAUUCA